CAUGUCACAAACAACUCAUUAAGUUUUAAUAGUAGGCCUAUUAUUGGAUUAAAAUGACUUGAAUACUGGUUCUUCGUUUCUAAACGUGUAUUAUCUACAGCAAGAAUGGAUUUAUCAACAGCUUAGUACAGAAAUACGAUGUCUGUCCCUGAAUUUUUCCAGGAUAAACUAGGUGAUUUGGCGUAUAGGCUUGAUUUAUACCUUAUUGGUUAUCCGUCAUACGUAAGACAAGACAUACGCAUCGUCUGAGCAAUUAUAUCAUAUGCAGUCUGGCGUCAGUCGAUGUUUUACCUGGUUGCAUCAUGAUAUUCAACUUUUCUUCGUAAAGAAUCCAACGAGAAGAAUGAAUGCUUCGAUAGUCUCUAAAAGAAAUGGGUUGUUUGUUCCUGACAACGAUAAACCGGGCGAUUUGGCGUAUAGGCAUCACCUAUACAUUAUCGGCUAUUCGAUCUUUGGAAUUUUAGCCAUUAUCGGUAAUGCAUUUGUGAUACACGUCAUACGAAAGACAAGGCAUAUGCAUCGUCUGAGCAAUUACAUCAUAUGCAGUCUAGCGUCAGUCGAUAUUUUAACGGGUUGCAUCAUGAUUCUAAACGCUACAUCGUACAUGUUUGCCCGGACGAACAUUUUUAUAAAGAUAACAGCCAUAAUCCGAGAAAUGUUUACAUUUGUUUCUUUAAACCAUAUCUUUUUUUUGAGUAUGGACCGAUAUAUAGCUGUUUCACGACCAUACUUUUACCAGUCUCACAGUGAAAGGAAGGCCGUAGUGACAGCAUAUAUCAUCCUUCCUUGGUUAUUCAUUCUGCCUUCAGCAUGUAUGUACCACCUCAUUCCAAAAACUACGUUAUUUGCCUGUCCUAACUCUCCGUUUGGAGAUUAUUUACUAACAGAAUUCAUAGGGUUCACGAUAAUGUUUGUUGAGGUAUUUGUGACUGUUCUUUUUCACGUUCUUAUUUUUUUAACUGCCAGAAGCCACCAAAUACGUAUCCAGACAGAGAUACGUACGAUGCAUUCGCAGCAAAAGAGCAGGUUAAAAUUUGAAAUGAAAGCUGCAAAGACAACGAUAAUCGUGGUCGGCGCUUAUAUAUCGUUUAUUAGCCCACUUUUGGUGUUUUACGUAUCCGAUAUAUUUUGUGCCGGUUGGACAGACUACUAUUUGUCUUUCGAUAUUGCCUGGUUUGUAGUCCUUUGUAAUUCAUCUGUAAAUCCUGUUGUGUACACUUUAAGACAAAAUGAAUACAAGAUUGCCGCGAAGCAUAUUUUCUGCAGGACAACAAGGUAAAAAUGACUUUCAAGAAGCGGCGGUCAUUGCGCAAAAUUCGGUAAUAGACAUACUGAAAAAAUAAUCGUUCAAUUAUGGCACAGCGGCAAGGCUUCAAGCUUUUAAUCGAGAGGUUCUGGUUCUUGUUAUAUUUCUGGUGGAAUUCCGACCUCCUAAGUACUCCGAAAGUGUGUUAGUGUAAUAGGAGAGGUAGAAAUAGAGCCGAAUGAUAGUUGUGAGUUUGAGACCUGCGUUGGUCAUGUCGUCAAUGGGUAAUUAUAGUGUAAUAUUCUUUUUAAUUCAAUGACCAGAUAGAAAUGCGCAUUUAACAGUGAAAUCUGAUUCCGUUGUAUGUCUAUUAACGAAUUUCAUUGGCUAAUUGUAAAUAUGUGUUUCCAUGAGUUAUAACUGUUUUCUUUGUAUUUUAAUUGUAAAGGUGUAAUGAAAUUGUAGUUCUAGCAAUUAUUUUAAUAAUUUCUUUGUGAUGCGCCUCUGAAUAAUAUUUAUUGGUAAAUAAAAUACAUUAUUAAAAUUAUUCUUUUUAAAAAUAAUAUGUGUGUUAUAUAAUAUUUUAAUUAUAGUGUUUAAUAAUUAUUAUUGAAGUGUUCGCUCACGUGACUUUAUUAAAUUCGUUUGCGAAUAAUCUAAAGUUAAAAUAAUGCAAGUACCGUAACGUCUCAGUAAUAAUGUUAUAAACUUGAAUUCUAAAUACGGUAACAAUUAUACACAAAUUAUGCACUGGCCUUACGUUUUUAACUCUUUUAGAUAUGUAAGAUUAAAAUAUAUAUGUUUUCAAAGUGGAAUUCAUCUACCGUAAAACCUCAAAUUGAAGUCCAAAGGGCUUAAUCUCGAGAUGAAGCCCAUCUCGAAUUGAAGCCCCCCUCCUUAG